CACAGGCUCAGAUUCAGGCGCCAUGUCGCGGCGGCGGUGGCGGGGUCCGCAGAGCGCGGAGGGCAGCGGCCGGGGUGGGGAGAUGGUGAAGAUGGCGGCCGCCGGGGGCGGCGGCUCGGGCCGGUAUUACGGCGGCGGCGGGGGCGGCGAGGGCGGCCGGGCCCCGAAGCGCCAGAAGACGGAGAACGCGGAGCAGCAGCAGCAUGGCCCGGGGGGGGGCGGCCCCCGGCGGCGGCGGGGGCCCUGGAGCGGCCGGAGGGGAAAACUAUGACGAUCCCCACAAAACUCCAGCUUCUCCAGUUGUCCACAUCAGGGGGCUGAUUGAUGGUGUUGUGGAAGCUGAUCUUGUGGAGGCCCUGCAGGAGUUUGGGCCCAUCAGUUAUGUGGUGGUGAUGCCUAAGAAGAGACAGGCCCUGGUAGAGUUUGAGGAUAUUCUCGGUGCCUGCAAUGCUGUGAACUAUGCAGCAGACAACCAGAUCUACAUAGCAGGGCACCCUGCAUUUGUCAACUAUUCCACCAGUCAGAAAAUAUCCCGCCCUGGAGACACAGAUGAUUCAAGAGGAGUCAACAAUGUGCUGCUCUUCACUAUCCUAAACCCCAUCUAUUCGAUUACAACGGACGUGCUGUAUACCAUUUGCAAUCCAUGUGGUCCUGUGCAAAGGAUUGUUAUUUUCAGGAAGAAUGGGGUCCAGGCCAUGGUGGAGUUUGACUCUGUGCAGAGUGCGCAGAGAGCCAAGGCAUCUCUGAAUGGUGCUGAUAUUUACUCUGGGUGUUGCACUCUAAAGAUUGAAUAUGCCAAGCCCACACGUUUGAAUGUGUUCAAGAACGACCAGGACACCUGGGAUUACACAAACCCCAAUCUCAGCGGACAAGGGGAUCCUGGCGGUAACCCUAACAAGCGUCAGAGACAGCCCCCUCUCCUUGGGGACCACCCUGCAGAAUACGGAGGACCUCAUGGUGGAUACCACAGUCAUUAUCACGAUGAGGGUUACGGCCCUCCUCCACCUCACUAUGAAGGGAGAAGGAUGGGCCCUCCUGUUGGUGGCCACCGCAGGGGCCCAAGCCGCUACGGCCCUCAGUAUGGACAUCCUCCUCCCCCUCCUCCGCCCCCGGAGUACGGCCCUCAUGCUGACAGCCCUGUGCUGAUGGUGUAUGGCUUAGACCAGUCCAAGAUGAACUGUGAUAGGGUCUUCAACGUCUUUUGCCUCUAUGGGAAUGUAGAAAAGGUGAAGUUCAUGAAGAGCAAGCCAGGCGCAGCCAUGGUGGAGAUGGCAGAUGGCUACGCUGUCGAUCGAGCAAUCACCCACCUCAACAACAACUUCAUGUUUGGACAGAAGCUGAAUGUGUGUGUAUCCAAACAGCAAGCCAUCAUGCCUGGUCAGUCGUACGGGCUUGAGGAUGGCUCGUGCAGCUACAAGGACUUCAGUGGCUCUCGAAAUAACAGGUUUUCGACCCCAGAGCAGGCAGCCAAGAACAGGAUCCAACAUCCUAGCAAUGUGCUUCACUUCUUCAAUGCUCCUCUGGAGGUGACAGAAGACAACUUUUAUGAGAUCUGCGAUGAGCUGGGAGCGAAGAGGCCAGCUUCUGUCAAAGUGUUUUCAGGGAAAAUGUUCCGUCCAGGUGAAAGAAGCUCCUCUGGUUUGUUGGAAUGGGAUUCAAAAAGCGAUGCGCUAGAGACCCUGUCAUUCCUGAACCAUUACCAGAUGAAAAAUCCAAAUGGGCCGUACCCGUACACGCUGAAACUCUGCUUCUCAACUGCUCAGCAUGCCUCGUAAGUGCUGCCCAGGUUGGGCCAGGAGCAGGGGAUUCCUUCCGUUCUUUCUGCUGCCUUUGAAAAAGUUCUUGUAUUCCUUUUUUUAAUGCUCCAGUUUAGUAGAGGCUACCCAUAGCGAAGACAUGUCAACUGGGAGAGGUGAAGCGGUCUGUCUCCCAGAUACCUUCAAUUUUUAAAAUUAUUGUACAUGUGAUUUGUUUUUCCGUUCAUAUUUUGUGCUGCCCUGUGUUACUGGCACAUUUCAAUAAAACCGUUUGGAAAAUAAA